UAAGACUUUGUGAUUUCCUGAAACCAAAAACUCCGAAGAAAAAUCCAUCGUUCCAAAGAAAACUCUUCUCCCAAUGUCUGCCGCCGCCUCUUCCUCUUCCUCUCACCCACAACCCCCUCGUUCUCAGCAACAAAUGAUCCACAAAUUCAUCGAUGCUUUGCGCCAACAAGGAUUUCUUGAUAAUGACUUCAAUAACCGGAGAACUGCUCCUGGGCAUCUAGAUUCCUUGGUAACAUUCUGCGUUGAGUCCGAACCUAAGCUCGAAAUCAUUCAGAAAGCUCUGGAAGGUGAGCAUGUGGAUUUUCGUACUGCGAUUAACACCUCAGAAAUGAUCAGAUCUGCCGCUACAAGAGUCGGUGGAAGUCGGGUAGCAAGUGCUUGUAUUGCAUUACAAGAGCAUUUGAAUAACAAUAACCUUAAUGGUUCAAAAGAAGCUUACAAGAAACUCUCCUGGGAAUACUAUGUCAUACGUGAUUCUUUCCACCACAUUCUUCAAGCUGAGAAAACAGUGGAGGUUUAAGAAGGAUGAAGCAAGAUUUGGUGAAAAAUAAAGAGCUUGUUUAGUUAGUUUCAUUUUUUUUGUUUGUAAUAUUUUUUUCUAAACAAGCUUGUUUGGACGAACAUAUAUACUCUACAACAAUACUAAUAGAAUUGCCUUUGGAAAUUUUAGUGAUUUC